UUUCCUGUUUGUCGAAUGAUGAAGUAUUAUACAAUUUGCGUGGACAUGAGAAAAGAAAAGGUUUACGUCUUGGACAACCAGAAUGAAUCAAUAGAACACUGUCAGGCUGCAAAAUAUUUGUCGGCGGCUGAACUACUGAAGAAUAUGCUCGCAGAUUAUAUGGCCCACAAACACCAUAUACAUAGAAGCAAUGUUGUGAAGAGAACUAAGUUAACAGUUGUGAACAUAAAGUGGGGUGAUGCUAAGAAUAUAAACGACACAGGUGUUUACAUGAUGAGACACAUGGAGACAUUUAUGGGAGAAGCUACGUCUUUGUGGGCAUGUGGUUUGGCGCCUAAACUGAGAAAACAGCUCAACCUUUUGCGAGUGAGGUAUUGUGCAACUCUUGUUAUGUGGGAUAAGAACAGUAUUCACGAAGCAAUGGAGUCAAGUGCGAAGUUAGAUUUUGAAUCUCUAGUGAAGGUUGAAAAUUCCAACCUCGACAUCACUUUGCUUGGAAAGUGAUAUAAUAAUUCUUGAUUUUCGACAAUGAUCAAUAAACUUUUAGUUAUUUUUUGGGGUUUGAACAAAAUUUAUUUGUGUGACGAGUUUGGCGUAAACAUUAUAUGUAAUGGUUUUUGUGAUCAAUAACUGGAUGUUGGUUGAA